CCAUCUCCCAACCACACACCAACGGACGGAUCACCAACAGAAUUUGGAGUUAUCAUAAUAAUCAGCAGUGAAUUUUAAACGUAAACAGUGCACAUAUGUCAAUGUGCAAUAAACUAUUUGAUUGCUGAACUAUAGUUUUAUUCUGUGUGUGGGUUAUCUAACAAAACUCUUCCAAGACACAAGACUGCCAUUAAGUGUGUAGUAUAGUAUAACAGAUGAGUUUAAAUUACUUCCAACGUUUAGAAAAUUGCUCAAUUUCAACGUGAACGUGGCAGACAAAGUUCCCCCUAAAAAGAAGCAGACUAGCGUUGGUAAGAGUUGCAGUUUCCUGCUGCUGCGGCACAACAAUUAUUCGUGGUCUUCUUGGCCUUACUUUUCUUACAAUCCUGGUGUGCUGUCUUCCAAUCCAUCAGCAGCAGUGGAACGUUGUGGAUUGAAGUCGUUGCUGGUUGUUGCUCCCUGCAAAAAGUCAGCAAUCUCAUCAUUUAUUCAUCAGCCGAACACAAACUUUGCCACUUGCAACAAAUUUCAAAAAGUUUCAUCUGCACUUGAAAUUGAAGCAAGCAAAAAGUGGAAAAAAGAAGAAGCUGUGAAUGGAUUGCUGAAUCUGUUGUUGGAAAAGUGACAGAAAAUCGGCAGCCUUCUUCCGCAUUAAUACCAACCAACCAUUCAUCUGUUAUCAGAUCGGUCCAAAAUCACAUUUUGAAGAUCAGCUACAUAUAUAUACUUGUGCUCAAAUCCACUGUCAUCAGGAAGGCGACAAAGUCAAAACACUGUGUGUAAGUGAAUGUGUCUGUAUGUGAAGGAUAUUCAAAGAUACAUUUUGAAGUCAACUUGGCAGCUUUAACUCUCUGAUUUAGGAUAGCCCAUACAUUUCAUUGGAGCUGUUCGAGUUUUGGUGUAGUCGUCAAGCAAAGCCAGUAGUUUAUCCCAGUUCUAUCCAUCCAUCCAGUAGCAGUGUAGCAGUAAAAGCAUUUCUUGCAACCCAGGAAUUCUGGCUGAAGCCCAUCAAAGCGAACAAGACGGGAUGCCAGUCGGAGAAAGUCAGCAAAAGUGCAGGGAAAGAAGAGAACGCAGCUGCAGUGCUGACCUUUACGAGUUGGAUGUAUGAAACUCGGUCUGUUUUGCGACUCUGCCUGCAUAGCAAAAAACUCAAAGCAAAGUCUAUGCAAAACACGACCGGUGAGCAGUGCAAGACCAGCUCCCCGACGAGAAGCACAUUGCUACUGACUCUGCGACGACAAUAUUCGUGUGCAGUGCUAAUUUGAAACUGGAUAAAUUUAUUACGCUAUUAUUCAGCAACACAAUCUCGGGUUCGAAUUACAUAUGGAAAACUGAGAGGUUUCUGCAAUCAGCUAAACUUGAUUUACAAGUAUAAACUCUGAAUCUCUUGUUGUUGUUGUUGUUGUGCAAGCGAGGAGUUCAAAGUUUUUUAUAUCCUCGUCCGAGAAAUUAUAAACAUAGUACUUCAACACAAUUGGAUGAUCUUUGAUCUUGUGUUAGGAUGAUCUUGAUUUCAAGAACUUAAUUGUUAACUCUGCAACUAAAAGAUUGCGACUUGAGUUACGCGUUGCAAUUUCAUCAGCUACCGUGUCAAAAUAAGCUUAAUAUGACUGGAAGCAGAUCAAGUAAUGAUGACAAGCCGGGACAGGUCGCCAAUACGGACGGUGAAGAUUCCGAUGACGAAGAGAGUGAAAUUUUAGAAGAGAGUCCGUGUGGAAGAUGGGUCAAACGGAGAGAAGUGGUGGACCAACGUGAUGUGCCAGGAAUCGAUUGUGCCUAUUUGGCCAUGGACACCGAGGAGGGUGUUGAGGUUGUGUGGAACGAAGUCCGCUUUUCGGAGAGGAAGAAUCUAAAGGCUCAAGAAGAGAAAAUAAGACAGGUCUUCGAUAAUCUGACCCAACUGGAGCAUCCCAAUAUUGUCAAAUUUCACAAGUACUGGAUGGAAACCAAUACGGAUAAGCCACGGGUUGUUUUCAUUACGGAAUACAUGUCUUCAGGAUCCUUGAAGCAGUUUCUGAAGCGGACUAAAAAGAAUGUCAAGAGAUUACCACUUCAGGGAUGGAAACGAUGGUGCACCCAAAUUUUAUCCGCUCUACGAUACUUACAUUCCUGUUCGCCCCCAAUCAUCCACGGGAACCUCACUUGUGAUACAAUUUUCAUUCAGCACAAUGGGCUUGUCAAAAUUGGUUCAGUCGCCCCUGAUGCUAUUCAUCACCACGUCAAAUCCUGCCGGGACAAUAUCAAGAAUAUGCACUUUGUUGCUCCCGAAUACUCGAAAUCCUCUUCAUCCCUCACAUCCAAAGCGGACAUUUACUCGUUCGGGAUGUGCGCACUGGAGAUGGCUGCGUUGGAGAUUCAAGGAAAUGGCGAUUCUGGGACUGCAGUCACCGAAGACCAUAUAAACAGGACGAUAGAGUCAUUGGAGCAGGACGAGACGCCAUUGCACGACUUUAUUAAAAAGUGCCUCAACAACGAACCGCAAGACAGACCUACGGCUCAAGAUCUUCUGUUCCACCCUGUGCUCUUCGAAGUCCCUUCCCUAAAAUUACUCUCAGCCCACGCCCUCCUAAGUUCGGUUGGGUGCCAAAAUUUAUCAAACAUCUCAGAAACAAUCAGUGAUGAAGUUCUCCUUCGUCAUUACGGUCCGAACGUGAUUGUAGCAGAAAUUAAACAUACUACCUCAGCUGAAAGUGAAGAUGGUCAAGAAUCGCAGUUAACUUCUGUUCAAUGGAAGAUGUCUGAUGUGCCAGUUUCUGAGAAAUUAGAAAAAUUUGUAGAGGAUGUAAAAUUUGGAAUAUAUCCUCUAACUUGUUUUGAGCUUCCACAACCCCUUCCUCCACGACAACAAGCUUCCAGAAGUCCAGAAGUUAUUGACAGCGUGAAGUCAACUAGUCCUGAACCAUUUGACAAUGAAAAUAGACGUGUUGUGAACAUGAUGUGCAACGUCAAACCUCGUGACGAAGGACCCGGAUUACUUUGUACGAUUCUGGUCAGAAUGGACGAUAAGAUGAACCGACAACUUUCAACAAUUGUUGAUGAGACUGAUACUCCUUUCGAUUUAGCCAAUGAAUUGAUCUACCAUGGUUUUAUUAACGAGGCUGAUCGUGAUAAAUUGGCGAAUUUGAUUGACAACAGACUGAACGGAAUAGAGCGAACAUCGCAGAGCAGCAAUUCCAACAUACCGUCACCACCAACGCUUGCACCCCACGGAAUUAAUGGGAGCCCAGUCUUUUAUCCUGUACCAGUCAGCUCACUACCCAUAAAUCCCGUUAGCUAGUUGCCAUUGUUAAAGUGACCCAGCCGCAAUUGCUUCGAGCAGCGUCACCAAAUCAGCCGUGUUACCUGCAUUACGUCGUCGUUUUUCUUGUCGCGUACCGUUUCGGAUGCCAAUGUUCCAAUCUCGUUUUCUUGGAAUGUGAUCACUAUGAUAUAAUAGCCCUGGAGAACACGAAGAGAAGAUGAUGCCUGUUAUGAUUGAUUACCAUUUAUAUGUCUGCUACUAAGUACUCUUAAGCAAAGUUAUUGAAUACGUAAUACUAUUAUCUAUAUUCUCGAAAGCUGUAUAUUGCACAAUAGUUUGAAAUUAACCGUUUUUGAGCAACGAGAGAGAAAGAAGAGAGGAUCAACCGAUGAACGUGAGCCCGGAUUGCUCGAGAUUCAUGCCACUCAAGUCUCUUUGACAAAUGAGCUUCAGAUAGAGUGAUUAGUGUUUGAUACGUGCUCUGAAAUAUUCUAUUAUUUGCGAAUUACUCAAUUACGUCUUAAGUACACGCAGGUUGUAAUGUUUACAAAAGAUUUUUGAAAUUUCUUAUAUUCCAUAUUAUUCGAUACAUUACAUAUAUUGUGCUCCUCCACCAUGAACGACUCCAUAUUGAUUGCUCCCCCUUUGAACACCGUUUUAAUCAUGUUAAAAAACAGACUUAAGCGAAGAAUAUGCGACGAAAUUUCCUUAUGUAUUAAAUUUAAUUUUUUUAAUUAAAAACGCUAACCGCUAACUUCGUAUCGAUUCUUGUCAAUAAAGCAAAAGACUUAUGCCAAGAAAAAUAAAAACGAAACAAAAAGAAAGCAAACUCGAGAA